AUGGUCGUGUUGGAAGACGGAGGAAUGAUGACCACUAAUCCAAAUCAAUACCUGCAACCGGAUUAUUUAACGCCGCUUCCGUCCUCUUUGGAUUCGAAGAAAAGCCCAUUAGCGCUUUUGGCGCAAACUUGCAGUCAAAUUGGCGCGGACUCACCGCCGGCCAAGCCUCUCUUGCCGCCGCUUGACAAAAAGAAGCCAGUGACUAGUGUUAAUAGUGAUGCAGUUAGUCGUUCUUCGCCGAACGCCAACAAACCGGACAAACGCUCCACGCCCGAGAGCAAGCACUUGGCCUUCAAGCCGUACGAGACCAACGUCGUCUCGAAGAAGCCAGAGGAAGUGAGACCGUCCUCCAAGUCCAGCACAGACAGUUCCGACGAUAAGAAAUCUGGGAAGAGCACACCCGGCCGAAAAUCUACUCCGCCGUCGGCCGACAACGGAAAGCACACGCCGUCGCAUGAACAGAAGUCGUCGCCGGCGGGUUCCUCCGGCACGAGCCCGAUAAUUCGCUCCGGGCUGGAGGUCUUGGGGCACGGGAAGGACCACCUGGGCGCCUUCAAGAACCUCCCCGGGCUGCCCGGGUUCAACCCGCUUGCCGGGCUGUGUUGCCCGCCCGGGAUGGAGCAGCACGCGAACCCCGCCUUCAGACCGCCCUACGCCGGCGCCCCGUUCAGCGCCCACCACGCCGCCAUGCUCGCAGCCGCCGCGGCUUUCCCCGGCUCCUCGCCGAACCCGUACCUCGGAUACGCGCGGGUCAAGACGCCCGCCGGCGGCGAGACGUUGGUCCCCGUCUGCAAGGACCCCUACUGCACCGGAUGCCAGUUCUCUGUGAACAACCACCACUUACUGAUGAGCAACGGGUCCUGCCCCGCCGGCUGCACACAGUGCGAACACCAGAAGUACAACCUGGCGAUGGCGAUGGCGCUCUCCCAGCAGGGGGCGGCUGGAGGCCUCCCCUACGCGCAGCUCAGCCGGCCCUACGUGUGCAACUGGAUCGUCGGGGAGUCCUAUUGCGGGAAGAGGUUCGGCAACUCGGAGGAGCUGCUGCAGCACCUGAGGAGUCACACCGCCGACGGGUCGACGCCCGUGUCGGCGACCUCGACGCAGGCGUCGAUGCUGAGCCCCCUGAAUCCGCUGUUCACGACGGCGGGUCUCCGCGGGGCGUAUCCCACGGCGCCACUGAGCCCGCUUUCAGCCAGCCGGUACCACCCGUACUCGAAGGCGGGCCUGCCCGCCAGCUUGGCUGGCUCGCCCUACGGCGCUUUCAACCCCGCCCUCGGACCCUUCUACUCGCCGUACACGAUGUACGGGCAGAGGCUCGGCGCCGCCGCGGUCCACCAG